AUGUCCCUGCUGGAUCUAAAUACAUUCUUUCUAAAUUUCUAUUUGCUUAUAAUUUACUGUCACUUAGAAUCACACAUACUUCCUUUCCAGGUGAUUGAUGGUCAUAUUGUGACCGUUAAUGAAACAUCGAUCAAAGAUGAUGACUCAGACUUGGUGCUUCAUGUGAAAGUCAUUGAUGUAAAGCCUACAGAGGGAGCUGAAGAAGAAACUGAAGACAGUUCUGAAAUUUCAGAAACUACAUCUUCUAAGACAAGUAAUGAAGUAACGUCCUCAGCUACAAGCAGUGAGGAAUCUGUUGGCAACGAGAUCCCCAAGCAGCCAGAGGAAGGGGUAGCUGAGUCACUAGACUACAAUCCUGAAGAAACCAGAGAACACCUUGUUGAAACUCGUGAAAACCUCCCCUCUGGUUACUCCAUAGAUGAAGUGGACCCAAUUAAUGAAGUGGAUAAUUCAGUUGAGGUGUUUCACCCGAUUGAACCAAUAAGUUUGCACAGAGACAUACUCAUCAAUAAACUCAUGUCUGAUCAGGCUAUGAGUGGAGGAAUGGUACAAGUUCCUGCUGAUGUGGAGGUGUUUGAACCAGAUAACAGAGAUAUUUAUGAAACUGAUGUUGAAGAAUUUGUCCCUAGCAGUAGAGCUUUUCAUGAAACGUUUCUUCCAUAUGCAAGUUCUCCAUUCAGGCCUCGAAGUGAAAAGUUAACAAGCCUCACAUGAGUUACAAAGUGACUGAGAUUAUUUUCCCAAAGAAUAUUAAACUACAGCUCUCUAACAAAGGUGAUAAUUUAAUAACUGAAUGGACUGUCUUUUACACUCAACUGACUAUAGCAUCACGCUUGAAAUACGAGGUGACCAUAAAUAUUACGGUACUCUACUAUGUUACACUUGAAAUAUAGUAGAUCUUUGAGGAACCUGUUCCCUCCAACUUCAGGGUUCUGAAGAUGGAGGAAGCACACUGCUCUGAAUACUGUUACCUGUCUACAAACUACACAGCAUUACACCUUGGAAGGCUGAAAGUAACACUAUCAGAAUGUCAAAUUUCAUGAUGUGAUCAUACCUAAAAAGUUAGUUGUAAGUAGGUUCAAAUUAUGGUGCCAUAGAUGUUAGGAUCUGUCCCCAAAACUGUUAGAUCUGCAGAAUAGUUGGAGAUCCACUGCAUUCUCUGGACACAAGUGAUCCU